ACAUGUGCCUAACUGUCAAUUGUUUUUUGUUUAUAUUUUAUAAAAAGAAUAACAGUGUGAUCUUAAAUGACGAUCGUAUAAAAUAAACAGACAUUAUAUCGUUAUUUGACUUGUCAAAUAAUUUAUUGGUGAUUUAGUGAAAGGAAGAAAAAAAUCAUAAAUGUACGAAUAUAAUAUUUUGUUGUCAACAAGAUUUCCGCAAAAGUUAUGGAAGAUAAUAAACGAAUGUCAAACGGGUUCAAUACGAUGGAGUUUAAAUGGUACGACAAUUUUAUUAGAUUAUAAAAAGUUUCAUGAAGAAUAUUUGAGCCCACCGCAAUCAAUUUUCAAAACUAAUAAUAUCUCGAGCUUUAUACGUCAAUUAAACCUUUACGGCUUUCGAAAAGUGACAUCACAUAAUCGUGAUCCAUCAUGUAAUUCACGUAAUCCUGAUAUUCAUGAAUUUUUGCACGAUAAUUUUAAUCGGAGUCGUGCAGAUCUUUUGAGUAAAGUUUGUCGUAAAACUUCGGGGAAAUUAAAUAAACGCAAUGAACGAGCUGAAGUUAAAAAUUUUCCAAGGAAUGACGUAAUCAAUAAAUCAAGAGCGCAAGGAAUGUCCCGAUUACAAAUGUGCCAGCUUGCUCUUAAAAAAGCGUUGGAACAGGCGAUUGCAGAUUAUCGACGCAAAAAAUAUGAAGAAUUGAAAGAAAUCGUACCCACAAAUCAUCAAGAUCAACUAUGAAUAGUUAUUUUUUUAUUUAUUCAACUAAAAUUGAUAUUAAUGCACAAUCAAUUGAUGUUUAUGCUAUUCAUAAUUAAUAAAUAUUUGGCUAUUGUUUAUUCACUAAAAGA